GUGUUUUGCAGGUGACAGGAGGAAAGUUCAUUUUGAAGAAUUGCGAUUUAAGGUUCAUCAACUACCUCAAAUUUAAAAGGAUAACAAUGCUUACCUUUGGCAUAACGAUAGUUCGACAGUAAGUGGGCAUUAUUCAGAAGAUACUAGCGGUCGAUUCAUUACUAUUCAGUGUAUGUGUGUUUCCAUUUGCAAUGCAACUGUAGACUGUAGCCCGAUACUGUUGCUACAUACAGUGAAUGGUUAUUGACAAGGUGCACGUCAAAAACGGAUAAAUGCUUAUCAUAGUACAAUUUAGAAUUUGAAUGGCUUGCAUGCUAUCAGUGCAUGGCCACCGCACAGACGCAUUACGCUGAGCUGGUGUCGCAUUACUCCAGCGGCUGAAGUUAACGUCAACAAAAAGUGGUGAAACAGAAUGGAAUAAAAAAGGCCUCCUACAAGGCCAGGCGAUAGACUCGUCUCUAUCAGACAUAGGGAUGCAGCAGGCAGAGGCUGCAGGAAAAUAUCUCAAAGACGUCAAGUUCACCAACGUGUUUGUCAGUGACAUGGCCCGUGCCCGCCAGACUUGCGAAGCAAUUGUAAAACACAACAGUAGUUGCUCUGGCCUAGAAAUUGUCACCGAUCCAUCACUUAAAGAGAGGAGUUUUGGGAGUGCCGAGGGGGGCUUGGUGGUGGACAUGAAGAACAUGGCUACAGCGGCUGGUCAAUCGUGGCUGGACUUCACUCCUCCAGGGGGAGAGACUAUAGAACAGAUGAAGAUGCGGAUCAAAGAGUUUCUGGAGCACCUGUUCCAGCGCAUGGUGGCUGACCACUGCAGACCAGGACAGAGGGAGACAGGGAUGCCAGAGGGGGCUCUUGCAGGCAAGCCAGAUGAUGGGACCAGAGAUGUUCCUGCCCAUGCCCUGGUGGUCAGCCAUGGGGCCCUAAUACGUGUGGCCAUGCGCUACCUUGUGGAUGAGCUAAAGUGUCCUUUACCCCAGGGGUUGGACAUGUCCCAUGUGAUCGCUCUCUGUCCCAACACGGGCAUAUGUCGGUUUAUCUUCACUGUGACAAAAGGGGAUGCGGGCGUCACCCUCUCAGCCAUCCGCUGUGUCUUCAUCAACAGGUGCGAGCACAUCUAAGAGGAGGGGUAGAGUGGAGGGGGUUGAAGUAAAUAAUCUCCUGGUUCACACUAUAGGGCCGACUAGAACCGUAUCGUGCUGUUUAGGAUAUUUUCUUUUCACAUUGUCCUUUCUAGCAUGGUUCCAGCAACUAUGGUAGAUAGGCAAAGUGGUACUGGGCUGGCCUGACUCGCCUUGGCCUCUUGAGUGUGAAUCGGGCUGACUGAGAUAUACACAGACUCCAUAUAGGAAUCUGGUUGAGUUAUUUAAAAUUAUUUUAAGGCAUACACUACCCGUCUAAAGUUUCAUAACACCUACACAUUCAAGAGUUUUUCUUUCUUAUUUUGUCUUUUUUUUUUACUAUUUUCUACAUUGUAGAGUAAUAGUGAAGACAUCAAAACUAUAAAAUAACACA